AUGAUGCAUCUUCGAGUAAAGUGUGGAGAUUUUUUAAAAGUAUUUUUUCUGUCUCUUGAAGGCCCAGAUUAUAAAAGGGAUCAUCUACCUCAAGUUCAACAGCAUACCUCGUAUAUAGGAGAGAAGCGUUUGGCGCUGGAGAGAACUGGAGACCUCAGCUAUUUAUGGAGGCCUGCCUCGCGCCUAAGCUUACCAGCAAAAUAUAAACACGAGUAUGUUGGCGAAAUUGGCUGGGGAAUACCGCAGUAUGAUUCUAUCAACAAAACAAGGCUUAAGAGUGGCUUUCAUAUGCAGCAUAAAGAGCUAAGGCGAGCUGCUAUUGAUGAAAUAAGCCACAGAUACCAAAACCCAUGGCAACCAAAACCUUAUAUUAUGAAUAUGCUAGGAAGAUUCAGCCGUGGUCGAAUUGCCUGGAAUAUGGGUGAUUAUGAGAACACCAAUCAAAGAAAUUCCAAAGGGGCCUCCCUCGUUAGACAGAGUAAGGCAUCCCCACCAAGAGCUUCCAUUCUACCUAAGCUGCCAAAGCCAGCAAAAAAUGAGGUAUGAUCAUCUGCUUUUCUGAAUCAUAGAAAACAUCAAGCUCUCUCAGUGUAUACAUUAGAGAAUGCUAUACAACAAUAAUACUGCUAAUAAUGUUUUACAGCGCCUUUUAACCUAUCAGAUGAUUCUGAAAUUUAUAUUGGAUUUCCACAGCAAUGUCUAUAUGGUGUGGGUAGGUGGGUAUUAUUCCCGCUUUAUAGCUGAAGAAAACAAGAGGUUGUGGGGUUCAGUCUUUACCACUGCCCAUCGACUGUGCGGUUGGACCUGGAGGGAGGCCAGCCCCUUGAUUUCCGGUACCCAAGGAAGCCCUGUCUGUGAAACAGAGGCACGUCUUUAAACCUUCUUAAAACCCAUACAGACGGCCUAGCAGAGUGAGAACACACCAGUUCAAAUUUUUCCCGUUACUAUCUAUGGAAUCUUGAGCAAGUUGUAUAAUCCCCCUAUAUGUUUUUUUAAAUAAGUAAAAUGGGAAUAUUAGUAUGUGUCAUGAAUAUUUUGUAGAGUUAUCAUGGGAAUCAAGUAAAGAAUGUGUAAGAGUAUAUGUUCAGAUUAACAACUACUUCCUAAGGUUCUUUCGCAUAAUCCCACAGCACGGUGCACACUCAGUCACGCAGUGUUUCCAGUACGACCACAGAUUCCAUGAUAGCAAAGCACACAGAACAGCUGGGCUACAUUCAGAGACGCAUGCUCUGUACACGAAGCGAGUCUCCUGACUCCACUGACUCUUGCCAACUCCCUAGAAUAUUGCUUACCCUCUGUUGCCAGAAGUCUGUUUCAUGAGCAAUUAAUCAUAUCUAUUGGAAGCGUUCUGUGAGGGGGCUGCAGAAGUCCUCCUUGGUAGGUCCUGACCUCAGGGACACAUUGUAUUGAAAAAGGGAGCAGUUCAGCCGCUGAUGUUCUUAUGUGGUCUGAGUUUGGGGCUGGGUCCAAAUGAGAGGAUUUACGAUAGUGUGUGCAGAAGAGACUUGGAUUAGUUACUUUCCAUCUCUGAACUAUAUUUGUGUAGGACUGGAGUGAACAUAAAUUAUAUGAUCCCAAAGGCCUCUUCUAUCAGUCACUAAAUCAACUGAACAAACUUAUUUAUGUUUUUUAAGUUAAAAAAAUUGUCCAUUAAAAAGUCUGUUAAGAGACUUUUCAUUUUGAAAUGAUUUCAAACUUGCAGAAGCAUUGCAAGAACAGGA